UUAUUUCAUUUAUGUCACCAUAGAAACCUCUCCCCAUUUUUAUUUCUAUACAACAACUAUAGACUGUUUCUUAAAACUAUUUGCCAUCAUAAGCAAAAAAAAAAAGAGGCAUUAAAAAUGUUAUGUGCAUCUCAAGCAUCAACAAGAAACAUUUGCUCAACCAUGGACCAACCCUCACAACCUUCUUCUUCUUCGCCCACGGUCCGGCUCGGUGGUCGAGCCAUCGACCGUCAUAACCCAAUCAUACGUGACGGCCGGAGGUUCACUCCUCCACCUUCUCCUAACCAUAACUCCUCAUCUGCUCCUCCUUCUUCGUCUUCUACGUAUCAUACUCCUCUCAAGACUAGACUUGGUCUAGAGAGCAGCGAGACAACACGUGUUUCGAAGAGGAAGAGCAAGAAAAGUCAAUUUGACGCUGGUAAGUCACCCAUUAGUUGUUUUACCAGUGACACUCCUCAAGGCUCUUCAAGGUACUUAUUGAGCAACCCGGUUUUCUUUGACGGGUUUGUGGAUUCUGACCCGAUUCCAUUACCUAUUGAACCGGAGAUAACCAUGGAUGAUGAUUUGGAUAAGAAUCAUGAAGAUACAUUGGUAAUAAACGCCUCUAAGCAUUUAUCUUCUUCUCAGUCUUUCUUGGAGAAGAAGCAACCUGGUUUCUUCGAUGGGUUCUUGGACUAUGACCCGGUUAUGUCUCCUGAUAACCCUUUCUCUGAACCCACUAAAGAUGCUUCGUCUCCGGAUAAUCCUUUGUCUGAACCCACAAAAGCUUCUCCGACAGCUUCUCAGAGCUCUCUUGAAGACAAAGAUUCUUCUUCUCCGGAUUUCAAGUUCUCUCCUCCACAACCUCCACCACCUCCUCCUCCACCGUCGCCGCCGCCAAUGGAGAAUAACUCAUCUUCCGACCAAGUGGUAGUCUUGAGAGUGUCACUUCACUGCAAAGGCUGUGCAGGAAAAGUCAAGAAACAUCUUUCAAAACUGAAAGGCGUGACGUCGUUUAACAUAGACUUUGCCGCAAAGAAGGUUACCGUGACGGGAGACGUAACGCCGUUAACUGUGCUAGCGAGUAUUUCCAAAGUUAAAAACGCCCAAGUCUGGCCAGAGACUAUUCAGAAUUAAAGGAGACCGGGAUUUCUCUCUCUCCUCCAUGAGAUGAGAUGAAGCUUUCUCCGGUACUCUAUUGGUUCUUUGAUUCCUUUUCUUUGGGUUUUUGCCUCUGGGAAGUCGUUGCUCUUUAAGCAGGUUUUGCCGGCUUUGUUUCCGGAAGAAGGUGGCUCCUUUUGCAUCUUUCUCGCCGGCUCCUUUUCCGCGUCGUGCGGUUCUCUCGUUUCGAUGGCGGUUCUGUUUUGAUUUCUCUGGUUUCUCGAGUGGUGACUCGGUUGAUUUCGUGCUUGAUGUGACGGAUGAGAUCUCGAUUUGUUCGAUUGAUGCUCUCUGAUGAUUUGAAAUUAAGUGGUGAUGGUGCAUGAAGGGUGAGUGAGGGAUUCCUAAUCGUUUGGGUGAUAGCUUCGUUUCUGGAUGAGGUUUCGACUUCCCGUUUGACGCUCUCCAGUGAAAAGAAGCAAAGGUGAUGAAGUGGUGAGUUUGGGUAAGCAAUUGCUCCCGGCGAGGUCCGGUGAAGCGCCGUUCAGUUUCCGGUGAAGUCCGGUGAAACGCCGUUCAGUUUCCGGCGUGUUUCUCUUUGGCGGUGGUGGUGAGGGAAUCGUGACGCGUGUCGUGCCUUGCUGAGGCUUCAACACGUCUCUUCUUCGGGGAGACAAAGCAGUGUCACGUGUUAUGGUUUGGGCCAAUGUAGAUUGGGCCAGUGUGUGGGUCUUUAUGUUUAAUUUUUUGUUUGAGUUUUGUGUUUGGAACCCUAUCUAUAGGCUUUUUGUUUUGUGUUUGGGCUUCUGUACUUUUAUAAUAA